UCAAAAGUCCGAUACCUUGAUUUUAACCCUGUGAAACUAGUGGUAAACUAGUGAUCCAUAGAACUGUAGUCUAUCAAGAGCCUGACGACAGCCAGGUCUGGGAUCUCCAGACCACCGCCCUUCCCCUGAGCGCUACUGCAGUGAUCUGCCCGCAGCGCGUCAAAUGGCCUCAGUGGCUCCGCGAAGACUGCUGCGCCACACUAAGGCUGGAUUCUAACAGCACCCAACCGGAGAAAGUCCCGCUAACGCUAUUCCUGAAAGUCGCGGGAGCUAGAAAGUGCAGAAAAAAAUCCGGGUGAGCGUUUGCGUCGCGAGAUUCGAGGCGAGCAACCAGCAGCCCUACUUCUGACCUCCCCCGAACACCGGAAACCUGAGAGACGGGACUUCCGGAAAGUGGCGGUUUCUCUGAGCUUGAUUGGUUGUUGCUUUGAGUCGCCCCGCCCGUGUCCUUGCUUUCUUCUUGCUGUGCGUGCUCGUUGUCAGUCCCGAACCACGCCAUGGCGGACUCAGAGUCCUUGGGCUUUGAACACAUGGGCCUGGAUCCCCGGCUCUUGCAGGCUGUCGCCGAUCUGGGAUGGUCGCGACCUACGUUGAUUCAAGAAAAGGCUAUCCCGCUAGCCCUAGAGGGGAAAGACCUCCUGGCCCGGGCCCGCACUGGUUCCGGGAAGACAGCUGCUUAUGCUAUUCCGAUGCUACAGCUGCUGCUCCACAGGAAGGCGACAGGUCCUGUGGUGGAACAGGCUGUAAGGGGAGUUGUCCUUGUUCCUACCAAGGAGCUAGCACGGCAAGCUCAGUCCAUGAUUCAGCAGCUGUCUGCCUACUGUUCUCGGGAUGUGCGGGUGGCCAAUGUCUCAGCUGCUGAAGACUCAGCUUCUCAGCGAGCUGUACUGAUGGAGAAGCCAGAUGUAGUGGUGGGGACCCCAUCCCGUAUAUUAAGCCACUUGCAACAAGACAACUUGAAACUGCGUGACUCCCUGGAGCUGCUGGUGGUGGAUGAGGCUGAUCUUAUUUUUUCCUUUGGCUUUGAGGAAGAACUGAAGAGUCUACUCUGUCACUUGCCCCGGAUUUACCAGGCUUUUCUCAUGUCAGCUACAUUUAAUGAGGAUAUACAAGCAUUAAAGGAACUGGUACUACAUAAUCCGGUUACCCUCAAGUUACAAGAGUCUCAGCUUCCAGGAUCAGACCAGUUACAGCAGUUUCAGGUAGUCUGUGAGAGUGAAGAAGACAAAUUCUUGCUGCUGUAUGCUCUGCUCAAGCUAUCAUUGAUUCGGGGCAAGUCCCUGCUCUUUGUCAAUACUCUAGAGCGGAGUUACCGGCUCCGUCUAUUCCUAGAGCAGUUCAGCAUCCCCACCUGCGUACUCAAUGGAGAACUUCCCCUGCGCUCCAGGUGCCACAUCAUCUCACAGUUCAACCAAGGCUUCUAUGACUGUGUUAUAGCAACAGAUGCUGAAGUCCUGGGGGCCCCAGCCAAGGGCAAGCGGCAGGGACGAGGGUCCAAAGGAAACAAGGCCUCUGAUCCAGAGUCAGGUGUGGCCCGGGGCAUAGACUUCCACCAUGUGUCUGCUGUGCUCAACUUUGAUCUCCCCUCCACCCCGGAGGCCUACAUCCAUCGAGCUGGCAGGACAGCGCGAGCCAACAACCCAGGCAUAGUUUUGACAUUUGUGCUACCCACAGAGCAGUCACACUUGGGCAAGAUAGAGGAACUUCUCUGUGGAGAGGGCGAGGCCCCGGUCCUGCUUCCCUACCAGUUCCGAAUGGAGGAGAUUGAGGGUUUCCGCUAUAGAUGCAGGGAUGCCAUGCGCUCAGUAACUAAGCAGUCCAUUCGGGAGGCAAGACUAAAGGAGAUUAAGGAGGAACUUCUGCAUUCAGAGAAACUUAAGACAUACUUUGAAGACAAUCCCAGGGAUCUCCAGCUGCUGCGACAUGACCUGCCCUUGCACCCUGCAGUCGUGAAACCUCACCUGGGCCAUGUACCUGACUACUUGGUCCCUCCUGCUCUUCGUGACCUAGUACGCCCUCACAAGAAGCGGAAGAAGCUGUCCUCCUGUAGGAAGGCUAAGAAAGUGAAGACCCAGAACCCACUGCACAACUUCAAGCACAGAGGAAGGAAAUCCAGACCAACAGCCAUGCCCUCCUGAGAUUGCCUGGGCCUGAGUUCGAAGUGGAUUGGGCUUCCUUGCCUGGAUGGAGUGGGUUUCCCACACUUCAUGUGCGCACACUCCUGUGCUUGCUAACUGGAUAGACUGAACUCUGGGGAGGCUCUGGACCCUCCAGAUCUGCCAAGCUGCCAUUUGCCCCUUAAUAGAAUAACAGUUCCAGCUGC